AUGGAUCUUUCUCAGCACGGCCUCCCUGGCAUCGGACGGGCCUCAUCCCAUGACCCCCUUCUCUCCUACCGAACGAUUGUUUCACUCGAUCCUAUUGAUGAUGCGGACAGCAUGGGCGAAACAAGGCAUGUUGCCAUUGGAUUUGAAACAUAUGACGGUACGAUUCAUGACUAUCGUGGUGCUGUAACGUUUGAUCGGUUUGCAGGCUCUGCAUCAUACCGCUUCCAUAUCCGUGGAGUACGAGCUGAGAGGAACGAUGAUGGGACUAUGCCCAAUGAUUGUGCCUUGGAUGGCCCCAUUGAAUCGAUGGAGCUUCGACUGACUAGUCGCUUUGAAUGGUACACCAAGUUCCAAAAGAUCAGAGGCAACGAAACAAGUGGUCGGAUCAUUCGAAUGAGGUUCCUGCGUUCGAAAGAUGAGCAGCAUGGUGAUGCAAUCCGUCAGAUAGACAUCAUCGUUCUGAAGACUGAAUUCGAGGAUAAGGGCAAGUUGCUAGAGCUUGCGGUGGAGCAAGCUGCCUCCCUUGUUGACGCCAAUAUUGCUGAACGCAAAUUCAAUGACGAAGUCGUGAAACAGACAGUCGCGAAACAAGAAGCGCUAGCCCGUAAGCAUCAACGCAACACAACUGGCAGCAAGUGA